AUGUAGCUCAGAUGGUAGAGCGCUCGCUUAGCAUGCGAGAGGUACGGGGAUCGAUACCCCGCAUCUCCAUUUUUCAAUUUUUUGGAAAUUUCUCGGUGUUAUGGCAAAUGUGUUCAAAAAGUUUCAAAAGUUAGAUGGUUUGCAAACUCUAUUUGGUACUUCACUUUGUGUAUCAGUCAAUUUGUCUCAACCUACUACUGUAUAAACUGGUGCUAUUUGUUCACCAAACCACUGAUUUACACUUUCUGCUUUUCCAUUAUUAGAUAUCUGUGUGGUGGCCUACUAUGAGUUCCCACUUUUGUUGAACUUGCCUUGAUCUCAUAAAAGGACAAAAGGUUGAGUAUUCAGUGCCAGCUUCAUCACAUUCAUAUUAACUUUCACACCACUAUAGUCAUGGCACUUGCACUUAUCAUUCUUGUAAUUUCAAUGUUUUACUUAUGCUCAGAGGCUGCCGAGGGUGAGCUGCAAGGACAAAGCCUGGUAAAGGCCUUAUCUUGCUUCAACAAUAAGCAUAUUUAUGUUGGGUGUGAUGAAGCAUUCAGAUUAAACCCAUCUGGGAAUAUUAAUAUACCAGUUGAGGCCACUGAUUUUUUCUGCAGUGGACCAUGCCUAACAGAAGCACAGCUAGUGCUUAAUUGCAUAGAUGAUAUACUGUCUAAUUUCUUAUUCUACAACAAAGCCACUGUACAACAAAUGAGAUAUGCACUGAAUGCUGGCUGCAGCUUCUCAAGACAAAGAGGUAACUUCAAUUUGGCAGAGUACAUAGGAGGAGAGACAAGUAAUGCUCCUAAAUCUACAAUCCUCAGUAAAUCCUAUGUUUUCAUUCUAGCGGCUGCUACAUCAGUAGCAGUUUAUUUAAUUUGAAAACAGGUAGUAGCAGCAAGAAGCAGAUACUAAUGGAUAUCAUUAGCCCUUACUUACUUGAAUGGAUUUGU